AUGAGCGAAUACUCUCGCUACUCCAAAGAUGAUAUUUCAAUCACCAAUGCGACCCUCGGUGAUAUCCCGGUCAUUGAGCAAAUGAUUCAUGUUGCAUAUUCCAAAUAUAUCCAGCGGAUUGGCAAGCCACCAGCCCCCAUGACGGCAGACUAUCGAGAACUCAUGCAGACACAUGAGAUUUUUCUUCUGCACAAGCCCGACGGGAAGAUAAUGGGGUCAAUCAUGCUUCGAUCUGACCCACCUUCCAACUCAAUUGAGAUUAACAACCUCGUGGUCGAUCCUUUGGCUCAAGGCCGUGGAUACGGGCGAAUCUUGGUGGGCUAUGCAGAGAACAUUGCCAAGGCCCGAGGUCAUUCUAGCCUCACCCUUUAUACCAACGUCAAGAUGUAUGAGAAUUUGGGACUUUACGUCAAACUCGGCUUUAUUGAGACGGAAAGAAAAUUGGAAGAUGGCUUUGAAAGGGUUUACUUUCGAAAACAAUUGAAUUGA